UGUGUGGGUCUUUCUGUUAUUGUUUUCAAUGAUGGUCAUCAAGCUUUGCUAAAGCUGUUGAAGAACUUAUGUGGUACUUAUGAUGGCUUUUUUUAAUCGCUUCAUCUUAUACGUGUUUUUCUCUAGAUGGUUCAAGUGGCUAUUAUUCAAGUUUGAUUUUCAAAAGACUGGAUAAAGAUCGUGCAGAACGAGAAGAGAAGAAAGCGAAAAGAAGAGACACAUCUAAACCAGAAAUAAAACUUCGGGACGAAAUGGCAGAGCAAGUUAUUGAUGAUGCAUACAUUUCCGGUGCUUUUUGACAUGUUUCUUUUUCUUUUUCUUGUAUUUAUCUUUUCGAGUUUUAGAACAAAUCUUAUUUGACUUUGUAGGUUAGCUCUGUUUGUACUUCAGAAGCAAUGAAACAUGCAUCUUCAUUCACUUCCUUUUGAUGAUUUAGAGUAAAUUUCAGAUUUAAACCAUAAUAGAUAAUUUUCUAAUAGCUUACAAUUAUUUGAAAAAUGCAUUUGAGCGGAAAAAGGCUCCAUUUCCAGCGGAACUUGCUGCCAUUUUGGAGCCCGUUUCAACAACUCCAACAACAACGCAAUCAUCAAACAACAACAACAGUACUGUAUGUUGUUCGAAUAUCAAGUCCACGUUUUCAUGCUAUUUUACAGAUUUCUUUUUUUUGUUGUUCUUUAUGAAAACAUAGCUAACGCUUUUUGACUAAGUGAUAUUUUUUAUUUCAGAACAUCGAUGAUGAUGAACGAGAUAAUAUAGAGGAAUACAGCCUUGAAGAAAGUGACAACAGCGAUUACAGCGAGGAAUAUGACGAUCCACCUUCCACGGCCAACGUUCCAACACCACCAACAAAAGCAUCUCAAGAAAACAUUUUAGACAACAAUGAUGAUGUUCAGUCUCGUCAUGAACUUUAUAAAGAAUUGUAUCAACAAAGAACGAAAGAAAGUAUUAAAAAAGGAGAAGUAGAACGUAUCAUCAGUACUGAAGGUUUAACUAGUCAAGAAUUAGAAAAAGCAAUUGAUUUACUUCAAAAACAACGAAUUCAUGAACAAAUUCAAAUUGAUAAUUUCGAACGAUAUAAAAAAUUACAUAUGUUUACAUAUUCAACAACAACAACAACAAUAUCAAAUGAACAUGUUAAUCAUAUUGUAACAUCAAUUUUAAAUAAAAAACAACGAAAUCUUCUUGAACAACAACAAACAUUUAUUCGAAGAAAUACAGAUGAAAACAAUAAACGAAAUAAUUAUCUUGUAGAUAAAUUUACAUAA